AUGUCACUUCUUAGUAGAUUCUUCUACAAGAGGCCUCCUGAUGGACUACUGGAGUUUGUUGACAGGAUCUAUGUUUUUGAUUCAUGCUUCAGCACUGAAGUUUUGCCUCAGGGAAUGUACCCAGUGUAUUUAAAUGGGAUUCUUACAGAGUUGCAUGAAGAGCAUGUAGAAUCCUCAUUUCUGGCAAUUAACUUCAGAGAUGGAGAUAAGAGAAGCCAGCUUGCUGAUAUACUACGUGAAUACAACAUUCCAGUCAUUGAUUACCCCCGUCAUUUUGAGGGCUGUCCUGUGCUUCCUUUAUCUCUUAUUCAGCAUUUCCUUCGUGUCUGUGAGCACUGGUUAUCCAAUGGGACCAAUCAGAACAUUAUCUUACUCCAUUGUGAAAGAGGGGCCUGGCCAUUGUUGGCUUUUCUUUUAUCUUGUCUUCUCAUCUACAAGAAAUUGAACAGCGCUGAGCAUAAAACUCUGGACAUUAUUUACCGUGAGGCACCUAAAGGGUUCCUACAGCUCUUUUCUGCCCUUAAUCCAAUGCCAUCUCAACUCCGUUACAUGCAGUAUGUAGCGAGAAGAAAUAUAUCUCCACAGUGGCCUCCAAUGGAAAGAGCACUCUCUUUGGAUUGCCUGAUUCUUCGAGCGAUUCCAAGUUUUGAUUCUGAUAAUGGAUGCAGGCCAUUAGUCCGCAUUUUUGGGCGAAAUCUUCUUGGCAAGAAUGCUAGCAUGACCAACAUGAUUUUUUCCAUGCCAAAGAAGAAAUCUCUUCGGCACUAUCGGCAGGAGGAUUGUGAUGUGAUAAAAAUUGACAUACAAUGUCUAGUCCAGGGAGAUAUUGUUCUGGAGUGUGUACAUCUCGAUCUUGAUCCAGAGAAGGAAGUCAUGAUGUUCAGGAUAAUGUUCAAUACUGCUUUUAUACGUUCAAAUGUAUUGAUGCUGAAUAGCGAUGAUGUGGAUAUACUCUGGGGUUCAAAAGAGCGAUAUCCGAGGAAUUUUAGAGCAGAGGUGCUGUUUUGUGAAAUUGGGGGCAUAUCUCCCCCAAGGGCUCCAACAGCAACACUCAAUGGUGACGUGAAGGGUGGUUUACCAGUUGAAGCCUUUUCAGCUGUUCAAGAACUCUUCAAUGGAGUUGACUGGAUUGAAAGCAGCGAUGAUGCUGCCUAUUGGUUGCUCAAAGAAUUCUCAGCAAACUCACUGCAAGAGAAAUUUCAAAAGCUUAUACUCAAUGACAUGAAAGAGAUCUCGAGAAUGCAAGCUAAAGUUGGUCUACAGAUGCCACUGAUGUCUCCACUUGAUUCUGAUGAAGAAAAGUAUUCUGUGGCUUCUGAUUCUGUUUCUUCAGCUGAUCAUGAGAAGGUUCAGCAUGGUGGAAACUCAUCUGACUCAGAGAAUAUUGAUCGUGAUCAUACAACUGAAGAUUUUGAAUCCAGUGGUAUAAUAACUUCUUGCAUGAACCAAUUUCUACUUUGUAAGUUAUUGAUCAUGUUAUUCAAUCUAUAUGAGGUUCCCUUUAAGGGAGAAAUAUUGCUUUGCAUUGCUGUGCAUGGUGCCCUAUACAUUUCAGGGUCGCAUCACUAUCCUCCUUAG